GAUGAGGUAGCAAAACUAUACACACAAUGCUCAGAACAAAGUAAAGCUAAAUUAGAGAGUUGUUUAACAGACAUUGGAGCAUCAGCCACAAGGUUUAAAGAUGUGGUAGAGUUUGGGUUUACACAAUUAACCACAGCUGUGAUAAAACCAAGAUUAAAACCUCAGAUAGAUAUCUUCUUAUCUACGUCUCAUAACAUCAGUGAUGAUGAUUACACCAAUUUUGAGGCCAAUGAUCCAUGGGUCCAGAAUUUCAUUGUUUCAUUAGAUAGUAUGCUAGGUAAUUUUAAGGAAUCUCUGACAAGCAAACAAUUAUGA